GUAGCUGUACCGCGCCCGUCGCUUUGCGUCCAUAAGCGGUGAUCCCACCCCCUGUUUGGUCAAAUAAAGUCAGGAGAGUGAGCGAAGCGAGCAAAAAGAAGUGUAAGCGGGAGAGUUUUAUCACCGCUUCUUCCAACUGAACUCCAUAUUUUCUUUCUCUCGAUAUCGCGACGGGAGCGAGAGCGCAGAGCGAGAGCGAAGGGCGAGGGUUCGGGCAUGGCGUCGUCGUCUUCUCUCGGUUCGUCCAGUAACUCGUCGCAUCUGUGUGAAUUUGCUUCGUCCUCGGAGACGAACUUCUGCAACCUUCCUGUUGUGGCGCUGAGAGAGAAGAUUGUCGAGAAGAUAAAAGAGAAUCGCGUCACUCUGAUCGUCGGUGAAACUGGCUGUGGGAAGAGUUCGCAAGUACCUCAGUUUCUCUUAGAAGAAAAUAUGGAGCCCAUAUUAUGUACUCAACCCAGAAGAUUUGCUGUUGUGGCUGUUGCUAGAAUGGUGGCAAAGGCUCGUGACUGUGAAGUUGGGGAUGAGGUUGGUUACCAUAUUGGUCAUUCAAGGGUUGUAUCGCAAAGGUCCAAAAUCAUCUUUAAAACUGCUGGAGUUUUGCUGGAUGAAAUCCGGGAUAAAGGGAUAAAUGCCCUUAAGUACAAGGCCAUCAUUCUCGAUGAAGUGCAUGAAAGAUCUGUGGAGUCUGAUCUUGUUCUCGUUUGUGUGAAGCAGUUUUUGCUGAAAAACAAUGACUUGAGGUUGGUAUUGAUGUCUGCUACUGCUGACAUCACAAAAUACAGAGAUUACUUCAGGGACCUUGGCAAGGAUGAGAGAGUAGAGAUUCUUGCAAUUCCAAGCUCUGAUCAGCACACCAUAUAUCAGCGAAAAGUGUCUUACCUUGAACAGGUAACUGAAUUGCUUGGAUCAAACAGAGACUUGAUGUCUUUCAGAUACUGUUCUGGUCUAAACCCUUUCAUUUCCAGUGCUGUUAUCAUGCCUGAGAUGCACAAACUUAUACAUGACUUGGUGGUGUACAUUCAUAAAAAUGAGCCAGAUAUUGAAAAAAGCAUUUUGGUUUUCCUUCCAACAUACCAUUUCCUUGAGCAGCAGUGGAUCCUUUUAAAGCCUUUUAGUUCUUCUUUCAAAGUUCACAUUUUACAUCGCAGUGUUGACACUGAACAAGCUCUUAUGGCCAUGAAAAUCUGCAAAAACCGUCGCAAGGUAAUAUUGGCUACUAAUAUUGCAGAAUCUUCAGUUACAAUUCCCAAAGUAGCUUUCGUCAUUGAUUCAUGUCGUUCUCUACAAGUAUUUUGGGAUAGCAACAAGAAAUCAGAAUCUGCAAAGCUUGUCUGGGUGUCUAAAUCUCAGGCUGAGCAGCGCAGAGGAAGAACAGGCCGAACUUGUGAUGGUCAGAUUUAUCGAUUGGUCACAAGAUCAUUCUUCAGUCAGCUAGAGGAUUAUGAGCGUCCAGCAAUACUGAGGUUGUCACUGAGACAACAAGCACUUCAUCUUUGCUGUGCUGAAUCUAGAGCCAUUAAUGAUCCAAAGGUCUUGUUGCAGAAGGCUCUUGAUCCUCCUUGUCCAGAAGUACUUGAAGAGGCAUUGAGUUUGCUUGUUCAUAUCAAUGCAUUGGAGAGAAGAUCUCCUAGGGCCCGGUAUGAGCCCACAUUCUAUGGAUGCUUGCUUGCUAGUUUCUCCUUAUCAUUUGAUGCUUCUGUGCUUGUACUCAAGUUUGGAAAAGCAGGAAUGCUACGCGAAGGCAUUCUACUUGGUGUAUUGAUGGAUAUCCAACCACAGCCUAUACUUCACCCUUUCGGGCAGGAAAUUUUGUUCAAAGAGUACACUGACAGCUACUAUUCUGGAGACGAUGCCCUGACUGGAAAGGAAGUGGUAUUUAUGGCAAACUUUUGUGCAUUUCAGUUUUGGCAACAGAGUUACAAGGAUAAGUUCCGUCUUGAAGGGUUGAAACAACUUCUACAUUUUGAUGAUAUAAAAGCUCCAGAAUUAUUGCUCCACAAUACUGAAGAACAAUGGUGCUCUUUCCAUAAUCUUCUUCAGCCAUCACUACAACAUGUUGCUGAAAUAUAUGAAGAUAUAUUAAAUUCAGUUCAUCGAUUUCGACCUGAUUUUCUGGCGACAUCUGAUGGCCUACCAUUGUUUUAUGAACCUUUUGUUCCUCAACAUGCGUGUCUUCUCACUUGUCAGCAAAAUGGAGAUAUAGAUUCACUCACCGCAGAUAAUGAGCACCUUGAGCUUCUUGGUGAAAUGAGGAAAUGUAUUUCUGCACCAUUUGUUCCUUCCAAUAUCUAUCAGUUGAAUGUGGUGGCUGAAAACUUGGCAACUAUAAUGAAAGAGAUAAGAAUUGAAUAUAUUAAGGGCAUAGCUGGCAAUGGGCAUGAACAUGACGAUAGCGACGGUCCUCAUAUACCUCUUGAAGCUCCUCUAUGUAAAUUUUUUGUCAAAGGGAGGUGCAACAGGGGCAAUGAGUGCAUGUUUUCUCAUUUAGUUCACCAAAGAGGGCCUGCCUGCAAGUUCUUCUUUUCAUUGCAGGGUUGCAGAAAUGGAGAUUCAUGUUCCUUUUCUCAUCAGUUGCAGCAAUCAACUUCCAUAUCUGAUCAACCAAGCUUGUGCUUGCCAGAAGAAGGUGCUGAUCCUAAUGCACUACUGAGUUUGUUUCCAGCAACUCCAGAUGGAUGCGUUCUUGUACUGGAUGACAAUGAUUUUCAGUUCUCCUUGAGUCUCUCUCGUCUCUACGAUCCAUCAAAAAUAAUAACCACAUCGUCUCUGCCAGAUGGUUCUGUUUUCCACCCACCUCUAACUGGUGUUAGAAUUCUUUGGGGGCUUUCUCACCCUAACCAAACAAUCAUCCCCAAAGCAGGGAGAAACAACCCAAUCCCAUGGAAUGUGGUUGGGUGUGUCAUGUGGUUUCCUACGUUUGGUGGCGUCUCUGAAUAUAAUGAAGAGCACAUAAAUCUUCUCAAAACCUUCUUCUCCUAUCUAGCUGUUCGUAUAUGGGCGAUUGACGCCAAACAUUAUAUGCAAGUAAUCGUCACCAUGAACAAUAUCCGAUUUGCGCAAUUACAGGUGGAAAAGCUGGCCAGGGAGAGCUUCUUCUACCUUAGAGAGUCAUUUCCACUCGCUGACUCAAACUUUGGUGGGGUGGCGGACACAAUGACUGCAAAAAAACCAACGGUGCUGUCGAGGCCUGUAUGUUAUGUUUUUGACCUCAAUCUUCCAUCUGAUGUUUUUGUUGGCGAGGAUGCAACUAAGCUGUCCAAGCAUAUGCGGAGGUACCGGCGGAACAGACCACCAGGCGAUGACCUUUCCUCUAAAUAAUAUAUAUAUAUAUAUAUAUAUAGGAACUCAAAAAGUUGUUCGAAGGAUUGCUUCCGCUUUAUUACAUGUGGUUUUUAAGUUUGUUUAUGUUUGAUUGGGAUUGUAAACAAACUUAUGUGUGGUGGUUAAAUGUAAUGAUAUUUUAAACUAUAUUAAUUAAUGGUGCAAUUGU